AUGGCAGGCAUUUUUGAGCAGCCGCGGAAUGCGGACACCCUUUUCUUGGGCGGGCAGAAAAUCACUGGUGCUGAUGUUCGGGAGCAGAACGUACUUGCGACCCAGGCUAUUGCAAAUGUCGUCAAGAGCUCCUUCGGCCCUUCAGGUUUGGAUAAGAUGAUGGUGGAUGAUAUAGGAGAUGUCACUGUUACCAACGAUGGUGCCACGAUUCUCAGUCUUCUUGAUAUUGAACAUCCUGCGGGUAAGAUCCUCGUAGAUCUUGCCCAGCAGCAGGAUAAGGAGGUCGGUGAUGGAACCACGUCCGUCGUCCUGAUCGCUGCGGAACUCCUACGACGAGGCAACGAAUUGAUGAAGAACCGGAUACAUCCUACCACUAUAAUCAACGGCUACAGACUCGCCCUCAGAGAAGCUGUCAAGUAUAUGAAUGAGAACAUCGCUACAAAGGUUGAGACAUUGGGGAAGGACAGCCUGGUUAACAUCGCUAAGACUUCUAUGUCUAGCAAAAUUAUCGGCUCAGAUGCGGAUUUCUUUGCAAACAUGGUUGUCGACGCGAUGCUGCAGGUGAAGACUACAAACCAAAGGAACGAGGUCAAGUACCCCGUCAAGGCAGUCAACCUCCUUAAAGCCCACGGCAAGAGCAGCGCGGAAUCCGUGCUUGUCAAUGGUUAUGCUCUCAACUGCACUGUGGCUUCUCAGGCUAUGAAGACCCGUAUCGCUGAUGCGAAGAUUGCUUGUUUAGACAUGAAUCUGCAAAAGGAGAGAAUGAAGCUUGGUGUACAGAUCACGGUCGACGAUCCCGAUCAGCUAGAAAAGAUCCGUGAGAGAGAAUCUGGUAUCGUCCUUGAGCGUGUUGAGAUGAUUCUUAAGUCCGGUGCAAAUGUUGUUUUCACUACCAAGGGUAUCGAUGACAUGGUCCUGAAAUUGUUCAUUGAGAAGGGAGCCAUGGCCGUUCGGCGCUGCAAGAAGGAAGAUCUUCGCCGGAUUGCCAAGGCCUCUGGCGCUACAUUGGUCAGCACACUUUCUGAUCUCAACGGAGAUGAGAAGUUCGAAGCUUCAUACCUGGGCCAUGCGGAAGAAGUUGUCCAGGAGCGGAUAUCUGAUGAUGAAUGUAUCCUUGUCAAGGGAACCAAGGUUCACACUUCGGCUUCUAUCAUCCUCCGUGGGCCUAACGACUUUAGCUUGGACGAAAUGGAGCGUUCGGUACACGACUCCCUGUGCGCCGUCAAGCGUACCCUUGAGAGUGGUAGCAUCGUUCCUGGAGGCGGUGCCGUUGAGACAGCCCUUCACAUUUACCUUGAAGAAUUCGCUGUCACAGUAGGCUCCCGGGAGCAGCUCGCCAUCGGUGAAUUUGCCCAGUCUCUUCUGACCGUCCCUAAGACUCUGGCUGUGAACGCUGCCAAGGACUCGUCCGAACUUGUUGCCCAGCUCCGUGUCCGCCACGCUCUAUCUCAACGCGUGCAGGACGGUGAUGCCAACGAGGAAGAGAAGGCUAUUGCUAAGAAGAAGACAUACCGGAACUACGGACUUGACCUCAUGAAGGGCCGGGUCCAUGAUACCCUUAAGGCUGGUGUGCUGGAGCCUAGUAUGGGCAAGAUUAAGCAGCUUAAGAGUGCUGUUGAGGCCUGCAUUGCUAUCAUGCGUAUUGACACCAUGAUCAAGUUGGACCCUGAGAGAAAGGAAGAUGACGGGCAUGGCCACUAA